CGGUGAAACGCAGCAUCAGCACCACUAACUGAUGCGCGUCCCCGCCCCGGCAGAGGCUACCCGAGAUCCCGGGAAGAGGAGUUGGAACUGCGCGAGUUAAAGUUGGGAAAAGGGGAGUGAAAGGAUGCUACCGUGCCCUGUGGAUAGGAGAACACAAUCUACGAUCUAAUUAACAUAGCAUGUGCGGAGACGCGUGUCCUCUGUAAAGGAUGUUUUGCAAAAUAUUGAGCAUAAGCCUUUUAUUUUGGUGUUUUCAAGAAUGCUCAUCACAUGAAUGUGUUGAUCCCUUGGUAUCUUCGCUCUAUGCCAACUCCUUCUUGGCCUCUUCCAGAUAUAACUUUUUGUACUCGGCCAACUUUGCCAAAUUGUAUGGGAGCAGUGGCUGGUCCCCGUCCCCCCGGGACAGACAGCCCUGGCUGCAGAUUGAUCUGAAGAGGAAGUACCGCAUCCAGGCCAUCGCCACCCAGGGCACCUUCAAUUCCUAUGACUGGGUCACCAAGUACACCCUUCUCUAUGGUGACCGCCCCGACUCCUGGACGCCUUACGUUAUGAAAGGAGGGAACUCGACGAUGCCUGGGAACUGGAACUACCACCAGGUGAAGAGGAAUGUGUUCCACUAUGCCUUCACAGCCAAACACAUCCGCCUCCUGCCCCUGGGGUGGAACACAGAGAAUGGAGGCAAGAUUGGCGUCAGGCUGGAGGUGUUUGGCUGUGCUUACGACUCCUACGUGAUGCAGAUGAACGGGGACGACUCGGUGGCCUUCAUGUUCCCAGGGAAGAGGUUCCGGACCCUGCAAGACCAUUUUGCCGUGAACUUUAAGACCCUGGAGCAGGACGGGCUGUUGCUACACAGUGAGGGAGUCCAGGGAGACAUCUUGUCCCUGGAGCUGAGGAAAGGUCGCCUCGUCCUCACCAUCGGCCUAGGAAGCAGUACGGUCAACCAGGUGGACGGUCGGACCACAAUGACCGUUGGCAACAUACUAGAUGACCAGCACUGGCAUUACGUCUCCAUCAAGCGCUACGGUCGACAGGUCAACUUCACAGUGGACGCCCACACUGAGACGGCAAUUAGCAAAGGAGAUUUCACCUACAUAGACCUGGACACUCAGAUGUAUGUGGGCGGAGUGAUUGAGCCCAAUGUGCCCCACCUCCCAGAGGUUCCUAACUUCCGUGGCUGCCUGGAGAACGUCUUUAUCAACGGGAUCAACGUCAUCAACAUGGCCCAGGACCAGGAGCCCGAGAUACGCAUCCCUCGGCAGAAAAAGAUGCACUACGCGUGCCGUGACAUCCUGUGGAAGCCCAUGACCUUCGCCGGGCCCAACAACUACCUGCAGGUGCCUGGGUUCUUCAGGAAGCCCCGGAUGUUUGUCAAGUUUAAGUUCCGUUCCUGGGACUACACAGGCCUGCUGAUGUUUACACGCUUCGCUGACGACCUGGGAGCCUUGGAGCUGGGCCUGAGUGAGGGACAGGUCAAUGUCACGCUCUUUCAGCCAGGCAAGAAGAAACUACAGUUCGCAGCAGGUUACCGUUUGAAUGACGGUUUCUGGCACACGGUAGACGUAGCAGCCAGGGACAACCUACUGUCCAUCACCAUAGAUGAGGAGGAGGGCUCUCCGCUGAAAAUCACCAACCCCUUCACUGUCCGCACAGGGGACCGCUACUUCUUUGGAGGGUGUCCAAAGACUAACAACACGAUCAGGAAGUGUGAGACCAAGCUGAACCACUUCCACGGCUGCAUGCAGCAGAUCUUUAUCGACAAUGAGCCGGUGGACAUCGACAUCAUCCUGCAGCGACGCUGGGGACGCUACGCUGAACUGUUGUUGGGCACCUGUGGUAUCACUGACAGAUGUACUCCAAACCCCUGUGAACACGAGGGCAGAUGCAUCCAGUCCUGGGAUGACUUCAUAUGUCUGUGUGAGAACACAGGCUACAAAGGGGAGGUGUGCCAUAUGUCGGUCUACAAAGAGUCGUGUGAGGCCUACAGACUUACUGGUAAAUCCUGGUCAGGGAAUUAUACCAUAGACCCGGACCUGAGCGGACCCUUGAAACCAUUCGAGGUGUACUGCACGAUGAAAUCCGACAAGGCAUGGACGAUAGUGAUGCAUGACCGUAUCGACGGCAUCAAGGUGACCGGUAGCACGGUGGACCGUCCUUACAUAGGAGACGUCAACUACUGGAAUGCCUCCUGGGAUGAUGUCACAGCACUGGCCAACACCUCCAUGUACUGUGAACAGUGGAUCGACUACUCCUGCUACAAGUCACGCAUCUUCAACAUGCCCUAUGGGAGACCUUACAGUUUCUGGAUUGGUCGAAAUAACGAGAGUCACGAGUACUGGGGCGGGGCUUUCCCUGAGAGUGGGAAGUGUGGCUGUGCUAUCAACCAGACCUGCACUGACGCCAGGUUUCACUGUAACUGUGACGCUGACUACCGCCAAUGGUACUCAGACAAGGGCUAUCUGAUGUGGAAGGACCACCUCCCAGUGAGGAAGGUGGUGGUGGGGGACACCAACAGGACGGGGUCAAAGGCCCACAUCAGCCUCGGGCCCCUACGUUGCCACGGCGACAGGAGCAUCUGGAAUACCAUAUCGUUCACCAAGCCCACCUACAUCGAGUUCCCUACCUUCAGGCCAGGCAGCACCGUCGACAUCUCCUUCCACUUUAAAACCUACCGCCCCCACGGAGUCUUCCUGGAGAACUCAGACGACUGGCUCCGGAACUUCAUACGCAUUGAGCUCAACACCACCCAGAACCUGGUCUUCAUAUUCAUGGUGGGAGACGGCAUCCUCAACGUGACGCUACGCUCGCCGGUGCCUCUAAACGACAACGAGUGGCACUUUGUCCAGGCAGAGCUCAACGUGAAGUUGGCCAGGAUCAAGGUGGACUACCAGCCAUGGGCUGUGAGACGCUUCCCUGGCCAGACCUUUGUCACCAUGGAGUUCACCCACCCUCUCCUCGUGGGCGCAGCCAAUCGCACGCUGUGGCCAUUCCUGGGCUGCCUCCGAGGGUUACGAAUGAACGGUGUAACCCUUAACUUGGAAGGCAAAGCGAAUGAAGAACAGGGUAUACGGCGGAACUGUACGGGCCAGUGUCUGAACGCGACCAUACCGUGUCGAAACGCCGCCCAGUGUAUCGAGGGCUACGCAGCCUACACCUGUGACUGCGGCAACACUGCCUUCGACGGAUUCUACUGCCACAAAGACAUCGGGGCCUACUUUGAGAUAGGCUCCUGGUUGCGCUACAACAUCAGAAAGAAGCCUACGACCAAUGAGGAGUGGUGGGCUAACUGGCUGGACCCCCACUACCAUAACUUCAGCCUGGGCUACAACGACACCAGUGAUGAGAUAGAGUUCAGCUUCAGUACCUUCCAGACGCCGGCUGUACUGCUCUACAUCAGCUCUUUCGUCCAGGACUACAUGGCUGUCAUCCUGAAGAAAGAUGGAACCUUAGACAUGAGGUAUAGGUUGGGGUUGAUUACCCACAAGUACCAGUUGUCCUUCAGGAACCUGGCAGAUGGAUACCCCCACUACGUCAACAUAACCAGACACAACAGGACCAUCAGGACACAGGUGGACUACAUGGAGCCGAUAGUGGAGAAGAUCACCCUAGUGGAGGACGGCAGGUUUGACUCACCCAAGAACAUCUUCCUGGGGAGAGUGAUGGAGGUGGGUGACAUUGACUAUGAGAUCCAGAGACAUAACAGUCCUGGUCUGGUGGGCUGUAUAUCUGGGGUGAGGUACAACAUCUACGCCCCUCUUAAGACCCUCUUCCGGCCGAACGAGACAGAACCGCCAGUCACCGUGCAGGGCUUCGUCUCCGAGUCUAACUGUGGGGCCUUCCCUCCUGUCCAUGGAUAUGUCCCCUGGGAGGCGGACCACUGGUUCACUUCUAUAGAAUACAUCUAUAUCCAUGAUGACCUAGGCCUGUUUUGGUUGACAGUUGUCGUCGCCGCGGCCGUGAUAUUGCUGUUCAUUGGUCUGUACAGCAUCUACAUCUAUCUGUACCGUUACAAGGGCAGCUACCACACCAACGAGCCCAAGAACUUCCUGGAGUCCCCUGGAGGCAGCAGCUCCAGGCCCCUGACAGGGACCCUGGAGAAGAAGCGAUAUCCAGCGAUAGAGGAAGACUUUCGGAGUGACUAGCCUCAGGCUGGGGAACGGCAGGAGGGAGGAGGGGGUGGGAGGGAUUGAAGUGGGGAGGUUUUGGGGCUUACAAAAACCACAAUACCUGUUUAUGUUUUAUAAUUCCUUUAACUUUUGGAUUUACAUUUCGGUUUUGUUUUCCUUUCCCCAGGUAUGUGUUAUCUUAAGCCUGGUGUUCGACAUAGUGUUGUUUUUCUGACGGGUUCAUCAUUUUGCAGGCUUUGGAGAUCAAAUCAAGCCCGUAUUGCGUGAGUGACGACUGACCAAGCUCACACUGUAUUGAAGGGUUGACCAACUGAAGUGCCUCGACAGAGCAAAACGAAAUCAGAAAUAACCCCAUGAGUUCAUUCAGGGUUUGAGACAUAAACUGAGGGAAUUAGAUUUCAGGUCACGUUGAUUUGUGACCUUUUUACAUCUUACUAAUAUCCUCACACGUAGUAACACGUAUUCAGCAGCCUCUUCUGGUUUGUAGGUCUGUUAUUGAGAUCACUUGAUAGAUCAAUGCCAUCUACUGUGUAACUCUUUCCGACAAUCCACUCUUGCAGCCAUUUUGAUAAAGACAUCCAAACUAUCCCACUCGUCCCAUCCUUUGACUAGUGAGCCAGGAUCCACCGCAGAGAGAUGCUGCAACGGUGCCGCAACAACAACCGCAGCAACAACAACAACAAGCACAAUCUGGCAUCUGCAAAUCUGCAAACAGUCUUUCUUGCUUAACACCAAUUGAAGAAGCUAUAAAAAGCAUGGAGCUCUAAGCUUUGACAUGACAUAUCUAAAGAAUAAUGGAAGGCAUAUAAACAUAUAUUUGUUGUAUUUCAGCCUAUGAAAUUGCAUACCUAUACAAAAGAGGAACAUGUAUUAAUGGUUAGUUUCAUUAGAUAGCAGCUUGGCCAAUUACAGUAUGCUCUGCGAUUCCUAACCGAUUCCCAACCAAUCAAUUAAGCAGUCAUGUACGAUCAACAAAACAUACGGAAUACAUGUGACAUUUGGCUUGGAAUAUAAGACGAUCGCCAAUAUUCUUCUUCAGAAUCCUCAGAGUAACAUAUGAAAUGGGUGGGUAGCGCUAAGAAGCCGUGGUAGUUUGACGUUUCCCCAACGGUAGUGCUAUCGUGUUGGUGUGAGACUGACCGUUGGUGCACUGCAGAAAAGGGAAUGGCGAUGUUGAACCAGGGACAGGACUCCUUAUUGCUAUUAAUCCUCACCCCAUGCUUAGUUUUCUGUUUGUCUUCCAGUAGCGAGUGAACAUGCAGCCAAAAUCUUAAUUUUUAAAAUAUAUAUUUUGUAAAUGCAGCCAAAAUCUGGGUGCUAUUUCAGAUUCAGAGGCCCCGGCGUGGAGGGGCCCCUACCAACAACAGCCCUGUCGAUCAGCCUGGUCAGGACUCAUUACAAAUGUCUUUCAGGAAAAGAGCUGCUCCGCAUGAACAUCUGGACAUGCAAACACACACUCACACACACACUGGCAUAUUGUAUAGAGGACCACAACAAUGUCAAUGCCAGUCUUGUACUUCUUCUCACCACACUAGAUUAUUUUUGCAUCUGACUGCUCUGUAGGACAGUACUGUGCUGUGCCUCCCCCCCCCCCCGCUGCUGUUGCUUCUUACUUACUGGGCACCGGUUGAAUCAACGUUGUUUCCACAUUAUUUCUAUGAAAUUACAUUGAACCAACGUGGAAUAGACGUUGAAUUGACGUUUGUGCCCAGUGGGUAGGUGCUUCUUAUGGUACUUCUCUUCCUUUAGGUCCAAUGAUAUUUCCCUGUCUGGAAAGUCACGAUUUCAGGUUAGACGGUGGGUGAGGUUACGGUCAGGGAAGAUGUUCCCAGUAGGUGAAACGUCAUUGGACCCAUGUAAUGUGUGGCGUGGUAGCCAAAGCUUAGGUCUCUGACAUCAUCACCCAGCGCCCUUUGAAGCUCAAGCAGUAAUACAUCAUAGAAAAAAAGAGAGAAAUCACAAGAGCAUUUUGAAAAUCAUAAGCUAUGAAUAUAUAGAGCAUGAUGAUCGCACCUUGCAAUGAAAUGCAAUAAAAUCAGCCGCUUCCAGCUCAGAUCACCUAAAGAUAUUUUUUUGUGUCUGUUCCGUUCGCAGCAACUUGCAGCAGUUAGGAUCCUAGACAUAAUAUGUAUACGUGAAUAUAUGAAUAAGGUGUUUAUAAACUUUUUCAUUCCUAUGGUUUGUAUGAAACAGUUGAAAAUGAGGCUGAGAGGUUUGAAUGUAAAUCCUAAUCUUGACCCUGCAAUAUGGACAGGCUCUGCACCAAGACCUGCUCUGCUCCUCUCUGUGUGUUCUCUGUAUGGUAUGUACACUCAUUAAACAGAAAACUAUUCAGCAUAGAACAUAUUUUAACAUCUUUGGUUUAGCCUGUUAAAAACCCGUUAAGACAAGAUGGUAAAAAGCAGUACAAUAACAAUCAAUUAUAAUCAAUUUUUCCCAAGACAUAUUUGUAAGAAUGUACCAUUUUCAAUAGUAUAAAUGUUAGCAUUGGGCAAUUGGAGUAGUAACAUGUUAUAACCCAAACCCAAGUAACAUAUCCGGACCCAAGCUAGUCCAUCCAUGCGUGGUCCCUGGAGUGUGUGUGCUUGAAUGUACAGUAGACGUGUUGGUUUGUGUGUUCACAGUUCUGUUUGUCACCUAACCCUCCCUACUGAUGAUGAGGAUAGUCUCUGCACUCAUGAUGUGAAUGAUCCAACUCACUUGUUGUCGUCCACCAAUAGCAGAACGGUGAGCAGAUAGUGAUUGGGUGCUUUUCAGACAGGCUCCUCCCUCCUCAGAUGUUGCUCUACAGCUUUUUGAUAAUCAGUGACAACACUGAAAAGAACAGGAAGACCAGAACAUUGUUUAUGCUCCCAAAUUCACCGCUUUAUUGACAACGUUUCGAUCCGAACCGGAUCUUCAUCAAAAUAUCAGUAUUUUUAAGGAUUUGCGUAUGACCACAAACUUUACUACAAUGUAUGACACCAUCAGCUCUUAGAGCUGUGCUGAUUGGCAGUCUAUAGCAAGUUCCCUACCUUACACUCUUAGAAAAAAGGGUUCUUCAGCUGUAUGAGUUUGUACAUUUUUCUGCUUUGUAUGAGAACCUUUUAUGGUUCCAUGUAGAACCCCAAAAGGGUUCUACCUGCAACCAAAAAGGGUUCUUCAAAGUGUUCUCCUAUGGGGACAGCCAAAUAACCCUUUAUGGUUAUAUCUAACACCUUUUUUUUCUAAGCGUGGAAUAUCAACUUAGCUGCAGAUCAACUUGGCCAACCGUAUAGGGUGACCGACCGAGUGAGCAGCUAAGGUUCUCUGUGUAAAGGAGACUCAAAUGUAAUAAGGGGUUGAGGGAGCGAGCACAAGGGUGAAGGAGACGAGGAUUCUGUCCGUCCUACAAGCAGGGUCAUAUGCAUAGCAUCAUAGCAUCAUAUGACAGACUAGUGUUGGUCCCUACAGCGGAGGAGACAGAGCUAGGGCCAGGCUAGAGGGAGGAGCAGGCAGGGGAGUCUAAGAGGGCCAGACCCCUCUGUGGGUCGCUACCCUAUAGAAUCUUGCAAGAGGGGGCACCAGACAGUUAGUGACUGUAUGACCUAAUGUAGCAGGUGUAAAAUAAAUGCCUGAGCGGGGUCCCCACAUCUGGUUUUCAGGGGGAAAAGACGCUAGGUUGAAGAUACUGUAUCCCUGAAAACCGGAUGUUUCAGGUUUCUUAAACCCUGCUGAAGGUGGUAACUGACUGCAGGACUUUGUGUUUGUGACCACACUGAAACCGUGGAGUUUUUGUUCUCUCCCUUUCUGUUAUGUUGGUUUUGUUUUGUAAUAAUUUCACUGUAAAUGACCAUAACUAUGUUAAUCAAAGCAAAACCAAACUGACACUUCAUUCAAUAAAGAAUCCUGAAGGAAA